UGAAAGUUAGCCUUGUCCAUGUCUCUUCUCUCUCAUUGCAGAUCUUGUGUUGGAUUUCAACUCGUCUCUCUUGCCUUGAUACAGAGAGAGAGAUAGAUGGCCAUUCAUCAAGAUGUGGAAACUGGAGGUAAUAUUUCACAAGAUGAGAUCACCCAGCCACUCAUCCAGUCAGACAAGAUCUCUGCCGUCCAGACACACGAACUCAGCAGCGACACCAGCAAAGGAUCGUUGUGGGUGGUUUUGCUAAGCACGUUUGUCGCGGUCUGCGGUUCUUUCGAAUUUGGAUCGUGUGUGGGUUACUCCGCACCUACCCAAAAAGGCAUCAGGAACGAUCUUGGUCUAUCUCUGGCUGAGUAUUCAGUCUUUGGUUCCAUAUUGAAUAUUGGUGCGAUGAUUGGUGCCGUGACGAGUGGACGGAUUGCCGAUCUCACUGGCCGUAAAUGGGCUAUGAGGAUUUCAGCUAUUGUCUGCAUAGUUGCAUGGUUUGCUAUUUACUUCUCUCAGGCUGCUUGGUCGCUUGAUCUUGGAAGAUUUUCCAUGGGGUAUGGAAUCGGCAUUGUUUCCUAUGUGGUACCCGUGUUCAUAGCAGAAAUAACACCCAAGAAUCUCCGAGGAGGGCUAACGACAGUUCAUCAGCUCAUGAUCUGUUCUGGGGUAUCCGUCGCAUUUGUGGUGGGGGUGGUCGUAACAUGGCGCACAUUGGCACUCACUGGACUUGUUCCAUGCUUAAUUCUACUCUUGGGUCUGUUUUUCAUUCCAGAGUCUCCUAGAUGGCUGGCAAAGGUGGGCCGUGAGAAAGAGUUUAAAGCUGCACUACAAAGGCUGCGUGGAAAGGAUGCUGAUAUUUCCAAGGAAGCAGCCGAAAUUCAAGAAUACAUAGAAACUCUUGAAAAACUUCCGAAGGCAGGAAUACAGGACUUGUUCCAGAGGCGAUAUGCCCUUUCAGUAAUCGUUGGAGUGGGACUGAUUGCGUUUCAACAAUUUGGAGGGAUUAAUGGGGUUGCAUUUUACGCAAGUGAAAUUUUUGUGUCUGCAGGAUUUUCUUCAGGCAGCGUCGGUACUAUUUCAAUUGCUUGCGUUCAGGUUCCGAUAACGGCAUUGGGUGCAAUCCUAACUGAUAGAACUGGAAGGAGGCCUCUCCUAUUGAUUGCUUCAACGGGAACUUGCCUAGGCAACUUUCUCACUGCAAUUUCUUUCUUCCUCAAGGACCAUGGAGUGUUAUCAGGGUGGGCACCGAUGAUAGCUCUGGCUGGCAUACUGAUAUACAUAGGAUCGUUCUCGCUCGGACUGGGAGCAGUUCCUUGGGUUAUAAUGUCGGAGAUAUUCCCGAUGAACAUAAAGGGCAUUGCCGGAAGCUUGGUGACUUUGAUGCACUGGUUUGGUGCUUGGGUGGUUUCAUAUGCAUUCAACUUUCUCAUGAUUUGGAGCUCAUCAGGUACAUUUUUCCUUAAUGCUGGAGUUUCUGCAGCCACUGUUCUAUUCAUCGCAAAGCUGGUACCAGAAACAAAGGGGCGAACCCUUGAAGAAAUACAAGCCUCCAUGAACUCCUAGUAGGAAAAACAAAACCAUCAAAUGUUCGAUGGUGAUUAUAAAACAGUUGAAUGAAAAUAUUUGAUGGUGAUUAUCUUCAAAGUUUUGAUUAUUGUCCUAUUUAUGUUACAUUGCAAUGCUUGAUAGAAAUAACAAGAUGAUCGAUUGUAACACUCUUCGAUCAUGAUUUGAAAUCCAAA